GGGGAAUCUUCGGUAUUGUAUAAUAAUUCUCUCAGGGCCUCAAGAGAUGCUUAAGGAAGCAGAAUCUCUUGAGGAAUCCCUUCGAGGAGGCCACCCUUAUAUAGGCGGCAAGUUGGGACUUGUCAGCCGCAAGGCAUUCUUUCUAAGCAUCUACAGGGCCCAUGCGCUAGGAUUCAGCGCUGUCGGAUUGAACAAUAUAAGGGCAACCUGGGGGACAGAAUUCCUAGACUUGUCGGCGGUUGUUGGAGGCCGUCAGAACCUAAGUGUCAGCCGCAAGGCGCUCUGUAUCAGCCGCAAGGCAUUCGUGUUAGCCGCAGGGCAUUCUUUCUAAAGCAUCUACAGGGCUCAUGUGCUAUAAGGGCAGCCUGUGGCACAGAAUUUCCAGAGAAGAUGAGGAGAGAAUACAGAACAAUCUUCUUCGUGCUGAAAAUGUC